CACCCCGGUAGUACUUCCGCAAUUGAAGCCGGAUUCAGGUGUAAACGAGGAAUGAGCAACGUGUUCCGGCAAUGGAUCGAUCUGUGAAGGCAAUAUUGUUUGAUUUGGACAACACGCUGAUUGAAACGAGUCGAGCCGGUGAAGUGGCGAUACAGAAGACCAGGGAGCUUCUGAAGACCACACUGAACCUCGAUGACGUGACCGCCGGCAGCAUUUGCGACAAGUUCAAGCAGAAGCUUCUGCGCGAGAGCUUCGACCCGUCCGCCGGCAGAUCCAUCGAUGAGGUCCGCGUGGGCCACUGGGAGGAGAGCAUCCGGGAGGCGGCGGGCAGCUGUUCCUCACCCUCUCUGGCAGCUGAGUGCUACGACCUCUGGAAGAAGAGCCGCCUGGAGGUCCUCAGCCUGUCCCCUGAAACGUGCUCCCUCCUGAAAGACCUGCGCAGACGAUACAAGCUGCUGCUGCUGACCAACGGCGAAGCUCAGACCCAGAGAGAGAAGGUGGAGGCGGUCGGGUGCGAGGAGCUCUUCGACGCCGUCGUGGUCGGGGGCGAACACGCCGAGCAGAAACCGUUCGUCUCCAUCUUCAGGUUGUGUUUCGACAAGCUGGAGGUGGAGGCCCGGGACUGCGUGAUGGUGGGAGACUCUCUGGAUACAGAUAUUCAGGGGGGCUUUGACGCCAGAGUGCGGGCGACAGUUUGGAUCAGCAGCGCAGGCGGCGCCGUGCCAGAUGGCUCAGUGAAACCAGACUACACCAUCCCCACUGUGCUGCUGCUGCCAGAUGUUCUGGCACAGCUAUAAUAACUGCUGAUUGAGGAGGACUGUCACUGUUAAUUAUGGAUUUGUUUAAAAGGUGAAUGUCAGGAUCCUUUCCAACCUGUCAACAAGGGUUCUUUUUACUUGUUUUAUGCAUUUUGCUAAAGAUUUUACACACUGACAAACAUUACCGCCCUCCAAAAGUGAAGCCAAAAUCAUCUCUUUAUAUGUUAACUGUACUUUACUUGAAAUUUCUUUAUACUUUUACAUUUCAGAGGGGAAGCACUGUUGUUUUUACUCCACUAAAUUUAUCAAAUGUACUCUUCAGAUGAAGAACACAUGAGAUACACUUUUAAAUUAAUGAAUUAAAUCAGUGUUUCUCAACCUUUUGAAACAUGACAUGUAAAGAAAUUAAAACCAGCUUCGCAACCAUUUUAAUGUCGUAGCUACAACACUAAAAUUAUAUUUAUGCCUUAAUGCAUCAACAAACUAAUGUAAUGGAUCAGUAAUGUGCCAUUUUCCUGCAGAAUGAGUACUUUUGGAUGACUUCUGUUCUUUUACUUGAAUAUGAUUUUAAAGUAGGACUAAUGGAGUUUCUACUUAAGUAAAUCAUCUGAAUUCCUGGUACAGAACUAAAUGUUUAUUCAAUGCUCAGAAUUACUGUACAGAAAGAACUUUGGGUUAUUCACAUACUGCUGCUUGGUUAUUUUCUCAAAGUCCUAGCUCAUAAACUUCUCAGGCGCCUGGUUAUUCUGACACAUCAUCGCUUUACAAUUCGUUGUUUUUAAUAUAUUUUCUGUUAAUUCUAGCAGCAUUAAAACACAAAGAGCAUUUCCACACUA